UGAGCAUUUUUCUGAGGUGUCAACUUUAGUUUCUGUUCCAUUUGUUGAGCAUGGCUUGCACUGACAUUAAAGUAAAAGAACUAGACAAGCGUUCUUCAGGCCAGGCUUUUGAGAUCAUUCUGAGCCCUACUGCUGAAACAAUUCCAGAAUUUCCUCUUUCUCCCAAGAAAGAUCGGUCACUUGAAGAUCUUCAAAAAAAAAUGGAAGCAGCAGAGAACAGACGAAAGUCACAUGAAGCAGAAGUCCUGAAACAGUUGGCUGAAAAACAAGAGCAUGUAAAGGAAGUGCUUCAGAGAGCUAUUGAAGAAAAUACCAAAUUCAGCAAAAUGGCAGAAGAAAGACUGAUCACCAAGAUGGAACUUAUUAAGGAGAACCGUGAGGCUCAAUUAGCUGCCAAGCUUGAGCGUCUACGUGAAAAGGACAAACACCUGGAGGAAGUGAGAAAGAAUAGAGAAAGCAAAGAAAGUGAAGAAAUUGUUUAGCCUUAUCCAUUUUUGGAAGUGAGGGUUUUCUAAAGUACUGUUUUUAAUGAAA